AUGGUCGAUUAUAAGGAUAUAGAAUUUGCGCUAGAAAAUUAUCGAAGUAGAUAUGCAGAUAAAGAUUUAUGUACUAGUCUGAAGGAACUAUAUACGCUCUACUACCUUAUAGCCAAAGAGGAAAAUCUUGAAAGAUAUUAUGAAAAG